UGCAUGUUUUUGGGACCAGCCAUUUUGUAUAGUUAAAAAAGUUCAGUAUUUUUAAUGGUGGAAAAAUUUAUAUUUGAUAGAUAAUCUUGAUAAUCCCUCACCAUGAAGCGAAGGGGUGGUUUUGAAGACGUAGUUGAAAGGAAGAUUCCACGAUCUGAGGACUUCUUCGAUGUCACGCCAAUWCGGAGAUCUUCCACCAAAUCGUUGCCGUCCUUUCGCCGCCCUGUUGAAAUUGGUCAUUUCUCGCUCGAUAUCGAUAGAAAAUUCCACGAUGAUAAGCACCAGCUAAAGUAUUUUUGCCCUCCACAUACCAUUAACUUUGAUUUAUCUGUCGGCUACAAGGAUUUUAUAGCAAGRAAUGAAGACGUGAAGGAAAAGUUAGAUCACUUGUUGAUGUGGGUGGAUAAGCACAGAGACAAGUUUGAACUUCCUAAAAAAGAAUCUCUAGAAAACGGACAGGGAGCUUCGUCAAGCAACCCUUCGACCAGUUUAAAUACAGACUUCAUCACUUGGAGAGGUCACAUGACAAAACUGUUAUGUACACCUUAUGAGACUCGGGAACCCUGGAAAAUGGCAGCAACAUUGUACAAAGGAACCAUUUAUCUGAGUGAAAUUGAAACUAAAGAAGCGUAUGAUAGGAGAAAAAACAUGGAGGAGAAACACAAGGAGAUGUGCUAUUGGGGACACAAGUUUGAAAGCUAUGUCUGUUCACUUGUGUCARAGAAGCAGAAGAAAAGAUCAAGUGAGACAACCAGUAAGUCAGAUAYUGCAAAUGGGGCUUCAUCAACUGCUUCUACAUCUAAGGAUUCAGAGAAGGAUCCACCUUGCAACAACUGUGAGGGAUUUAUUUCAGUUGUCAGGACAAGACUGGAAAAGCAUUCUUUGGUGUUUGGUGCUGAGGUUGAUUGUUGUACAAAGGAAAAUGAGGCGUCCCCUGGAAACUACAUUGAAUUAAAGACAUCAACCCGUCCUCACACACACCAUCAGCAUUGGUCAUUCCAAAGGUACAAGCUACUGAAAUGGUGGGCACAGUCUUACUUGGCAGGAAUACCAAAGAUUAUUUGUGGAUUUCGUCAACACCAUAGUUUUGUGAAUGAGCUCCAGACCUACAAUACAUUGGAAAUUCCAAGAAUUGUUGAACAUGAACACAACAUGUGGGACUUGAAUAUUAGUUUGAAUUUCUUGAAUAAGUUUUUAGAUUGGGUGAAGACAGUUGUAGUGAAAAGUGAUGCUAAAAAGGUGUACUUAUUCUCCUUUGAGGAACCAUUUAACCAUAUUUCUGUUGUAGAAUCCAGUAAUGAGGAGGAUAGUUUUCUACCUGAAUGGUACACAAAAGAAAUGUAAAAUAUAAAAGCUAAGACUAAAGUAUAUUAGUAAGACUAAAAUAUAUCCUUCAUCCCUUUUGUCUUGCGCCAGACGAUAGGUGCAUGUGGGUUCUCGGCCCACAAAGUGGGCCUUGAUUUAACAAUUAAUAAUUUUAGAUUUUUUAUAUCUUUAUACAUGUAGGCUCAUUCUUUCUUUCUUUCAAUUUAUUAUAUUUUAAUUAUAGUAUAUACAUUAGAAUAUUGUAAUUAGAUUUAGAUUUUAGAUUGUGAGGGCCACUAGGUUAUCAGUUUAAUGUACUGUUAUGUGUAACCCUCUUUAAAUAAAGUUUAUUGUAUUGUAUUGUA